AUGGCAACGUCAAAUGGCUCGUUGGCCACCACCUCCCUCUUUCCUCUCCGCAGACAAUCCCCCACCCCCUGGACGGCGGGCGUGGCAACGACCGGCAUAGUGGCUCCCGGCAGUCAUUCGCGGCGGCCAGCAGCCCGCACGGCUUACGACCACGACUCGGCACUCAACGCUCGACCAACCACCAAGCGUCAAGACCGCCGGGGCGAAACACUGACGUUGCCAAAGCCCCCUCACGGUGAGCACCUUCGGAGCGCGUGGGGCGAGCCCCACCCGCUGACCGGGUUGCCAACGUGUUGUGGUGGAGACGUCAAGGAAAUAAAACAUCAACAUCAAGCCAACGUCAAGUUAACAUCUAGUCAACAUCAAGUCACUUCAAGGCACUUCAAGAAAAUAAAGAGGAGGCUCAAGACUCAAUAUCGGAGGAUGGAGGAAAACAUGGCGACCCCAAGUAGUCCCCUCCCGACGGGGCUCCAAGUGGCCGCGCCAACGGUGCUUGCACCGAGUGUGCGGCCCCAAGUAGCGCCUGACGGCGGGGACUCCAAGUGGUCGUCCCGGUGCCCCAAGUGGUGUCGGCUUGCUUGCAAGUCGGGACCCCAAGUGGCACCGGCCAUCAAGACUUCAAGACUUCAAGACCUCAAGACAGCAACACGUCAAGACUUCAAGACAUCGACCUCAAGACAUCAACCUCAAGACUCGACACCGCAAGGAGUGCCUCACAGCAUCGGGAGGCGGGAUAGGGAGGGUCUCAACCUCAAGCCAUCAAGGAGUGCCUCACAGCAUCGAGAGGCGGGUCAGGGAGGGUCUCAACCUCAAGCCAUCAAGUCUUGGCAAGCGCGUUUCGACUUGCAACACUUCAAGUGA